AUGGUCAACAUCUCGAGGCCCAAGCAGGGUGCGGUGGUGGAAGCCCAAGAGUCUGCCCCAGCGAUCCCCAGGGUGAAAUGGUCGGCCUCUCCGAACAUGCGCAAGCUCUACUUCUACUGCGCCAUCCUCUGUGUCUGCUCCGCGACCACUGGUUACGACGGAUCCUUGAUGAACACUUCUCAGAUUUUGGACUCAUGGAAGAUCACUAUGGGCCCAACCGCUGAAGGCCCGACGGAAGAGACUCUCGGACGUGUUUCUGCCAUGUACUCUAUCGGAUCCAUUGCCUCUCUGCCGGUCGUUCCAUUCCUCAGUGACCGCUUUGGCCGCAAGACCCCAAUUACCAUCGGCUGUAUUAUCAUGGUUAUUGCUGCAGCCAUCCAGGCCUCUGCUCACGGACUUUCGCAAUAUGAGGGCGCUCGUUUCUUCAUGGGUUUCGGAAACUCCCUCGCUCAGCUUUCUUGCCCACUCCUCGUCACUGAGAUUGCCCACCCCCAGCACCGCGCGAGGAUUACGGCUGUUUACAACUGCCUGUGGAAUUUGGGAGCGCUCAUCUGCGCCUGGUUGGCGUUUGGCACCCAGCACAUUAACGGCACCUGGUCGUGGAGAACCCCUACCCUCGUUCAGGGUAUCUUCUCUGUCAUCCAGUUGACCUUCAUCUGGUGGGUCCCAGAAUCCCCGAGAUGGCUCAUCUCCAAGGACAGGUCCCCUGAGGCGCUCAACAUGCUUGCCCACUACCACGCCGACGGCAACGAGAACGACGCCACCGUCCAGUUCGAAUUUGCCGAAAUCAAGGAGACUAUCCGCCUGGAGUUUUUGCACCAGAAGAGCUCCAAGUACAUCGACUUCAUCAAGACCAAGGGCAACCGCUACCGACUGGCUAUCAUCAUCUCUCUUGGUCUCAUCUCUCAAUGGUCCGGUAACGCCUUGGUCAGCUACUACGCCACUGCAAUCUACGAGGGCGCCGGAGUGGAUGGCCAGACCCCACAGCUUGGCUUGGACGCUGGCAACAAGGUCCUUUCGCUCAUCGUCUCCAUCAGCUGUGCGUUCUUGGUAGACCGCGUCGGCCGUCGUCCGCUCUUUCUUGCUGCCACCUUCGGCAUGCUGCUCUUCCUCAUCGGCGCCACCAUCACGGGUGAGCGUUACACUGCUCUCAACGAACAGUCCAUCGGUUACGCCAACAUCCUCUUCAUCUGGCUUCACGGCGUGGCUUACGCACUCGCCUGGUCGGGCCUUCUCGUCGCCUACACCGUCGAGGUCCUCCCCUUCAAGCUCCGUGCAAAGGGUCUUUUCAUCAUGAACUUGUUCGUUCAGGUCGCCCUUACCAUCAACAACUACGUCAACCCCAUUCCCAUUACUGGCAAUGGUGGUUGGGUUGGUCAGAACUGGAAGCUGUUUGCUUGCUACACCGGCUGGGUCCUUCUCGAACUCAUCUGGGUGUACUUCAUGUUCCCAGAGACUCGCGGUCCAACUCUCGAGGAAAUCGCCCGUAUCUUCGACGGCGAGGACGCCGAGGUUGCCGAUGUCGACGUCAAGGGCACUGGCAUCACCAACCGCAGCAACAGCGUCGACCGCGAUGUUGAGCAGUACGUCCACCAAGAAAAGUCGUAG